GUGAACGCGGAAGUACAGGACGUGAGGGUUUGCUGGCUGUUCCGAUUGUGGUGGGGCAACUGGUGCAAGAUGGAGGAGGAUGCAGCUGUGGAAGAUGGUCAGGACGGUCCCCGGGAGCGGGUAGGCUCGGGUGAAGCUGGGAGGCAGCAGCAGAACCAUGAAGUGCGGUCUCAAUCCCGGGCCAACCGGUUUCCAAAGCAUUCCUAUUGGUUGGAUCUCUGGCUCUUCAUCCUCUUGGAUGUAGUGUUGUUUAUCUUCGUGUAUCUUUUACCAUGAAUGGUUUGCCUGAUGUCUAGAUUAAGAAGUUGGCUCCUGGAGUGGAUUCUGAAAAUGACCGCAA